CCCCGCCUUCCCCGACGACCCGGCGCCUAAGACCCUCCCAGCUCGGGGAGCCGCUGGGAAGUCUUGCCCGCUCGCGGGUCCGGGGCCCUGGAGACGCGUGGGCAGCGAUGGGCCCACCCCCGCCCCCGCCCGGCCACCGGCCCCCGUUCCGAGGGUCAGUGCGGCCUUCGAGAAGGUCCGGGACGGGCUCGAAGCGCUCCCAGGGCGAUUUGGAGACGGGGAAGGAGGGCGGCGACCCCACGGGGCUGACUGGCGGCGUAGCGCGUCCGCCGGGCCUCGGGCCGCGCCCACUCGGGCUCGAGCUCUCUGGCGCCGCCUGCGGUGAGCUUCGCGGUCCCGGAGCCCCGACGUGUGGCGCCGCCUCCUUGCCAGCGCCGCGGUCGCCAAAGCUCCGCAGAGGUCUCUGGGCGGGUUCGCUGCCGGCACCGACGCCCCCUCCUCGCGCACGCAGGGUGCUGUGCAGAGCAGGGCCGAGCGGGCGGCCGGCCGGGUGGCGGGAGGCCGCGGUGCCUGUCAGAGUUGUCAGCCCACGCUUCUGGAGACGGGGACGCAGGAAGGUGACAGUCUGCCCGUGUCACUUGACGGGGCGGCCCGCCACGGGGGAUUCCUGUUGUGCUGCAGGACGGUCAGUGGUUGGGCACCGACUGGCGCCCGCUCACUUCCUGACUCAGCUGUCAGCUGGGGAGGUAGGUCAAGAGGAGCCCCGCAGAGAAAGCCCUGCCAACAGCAGCGAGCUGCCCUCCGUCCCUCCCUCCCGGUGCUUCUCACCCUGCAGCGUGAACACCUGCCCAACCGGUUCCAAGGAGGAGCCUGGGACCUCUGGUUGCCGCCUCCCUUCCCUGGCAGGUGGAGGAGUCUCCCAGCUGUCCGUGGCGUGGGGCACGGACACCCACCCCGAAGACGGCUGCGCUCGGCCACUCCGUGCCCUGGUUGGUCUUCCUGUCAAACCUGGAGAAGAGCCGGCCAGGAGAUGCACACGAGGAAGUAGGCUGUCCCCACCCGGCACUGUAAGGCACAAGGCGGCUUCUGGGGCACCUUGGCUCGGGGACCUGUGUGUGCCACUCCAGGUCCUAAGCAGGUCCAACUCUGGAACAUGUCCCAGGUGUGGGCCCAGGUUGGGCAGAGCCUGUGUCUGUAUGGCUUUUCCCAUCUUUGAGUGAUUGCAAAUCAGAGUACAGAAAACCCCAACGAGAAAAGAGAGUGUGCCCUGGACAGCCUAUGUGACUCCCGGGCCUUCUGUGUGUGCUCUCUGGCCCAUGCUCAUGGAGCUUGUGCCGGCCA